UUAAUCGUCCAUCCCAAUGGCCAUGUUUCUGUCUGGGAAUUUGAGUGCCGUUGAAUUACAGUAAUUACGGUAAAUUCUCUUCCUCGUUCGGCUGCCCGGAAAUCCUUCGCUGGAGAGCCGCUCACUGUAUUACAGUUGUCGUCUCAUUAACACUUUUACAGCAGUUUGUACAUUUAAACAGUUUUUCGGGAUAUCCCAGUUAUUUCCAUAGCUCUGUAAUCGCAAGUUGUCAGCGACGUAAUGUUUGGAAGAUACAGCCGAGCCUAAAUCACAGAUCAUUAAAGCGGUCCUGAGUGGAUUUUUAUAUUUUUUGCCAGAAUGUUGAACUCGGCUUCUUUGCACUCGCAGCUCACGUCCAUCAUGGAUGUCUUAACCAAAGCAGCGGUGGCAGAAAUUUGCAAACUUGUAGACGACGGGUAUGCGCUUCUAAGACUGGAAAUGUCUCGGAGCCAAAAGGAGAACGAAGCGCUGAAGAGGAAGCUCUCGCUGCGCAUGAUGGAGGCUGAUCCUGCGGGGACGUGCGGGGCAGCAGCGAGGAUCCCCGGGGAGCAGAGCAGCGCCCGGCUGGACGGACCUCAUCCGCCCGAUGGUGCAGGGGAAGCCGCUUCAGUCAAUGAAGCAUUUCUGAACCACCCGUUAGAGGUCUGUCGGGGAGGGGAACCCGCAGCCAGGGCCAAGAAGGACUUCCGGCUGCCGUCUGAUCCUGGGCUAAAGAAGUGUUCAGAGGUGGAGAAGAGAAGGGAAUCUCUGAAUAUUAAAGAAGAGCGAUUUGAAGAAGAUAUGAAGCACUGUGACUCCCAGAUUGGGCUGAUGAUUAGUGUGGGCAGAGUUGUGGAGCCUGCGGUGGAUGAUCCUGGAGAUGGGAUUAGCGUACCCGACAAAAUAGCCACAGCUGUAGAUGACAGACAGGCCCUCUCCGAGCACCAGAGGCCGGGGGCUGCCACGUGGAGCGAUGGAGGAUUCCUCACCGUCCUCAAGGCAGAUCCAGAGAACGAGACUAUCAGUCGGAAAAGCCACAUCGGGAGACCUGAAGGCGACGCCGGCAAGCCGUUUGAGACCGUUAUGUGCGAGAGACCGAGUCCAUUAGAGACCUUCUUCACACAAGUGAGACCAGAACCAAAGACUGAGCAGACAGUUCGCGCUUAUGCCCAUUCCGAGAGGCAUUUGUCUACACUCGGACCUUUCCCAGAGACAUCAGGCAACACUUCAUCCUCCCUGGGAUCUCGAGAUGAGAAACUGGACGUAGUUAUAACUGACUCAGAACUGCAGCAGUCUUCAGUUUGGGCUAGAGAGAUCACAUUGGGGGCAGUUCAGGUUCCCCAAAAACAAUCAAGUGAUCGCGGAAAAAGUGUGAGACCGCAACAAGGAAGUUACGUUAAGGUAUGUUCCCCUCAGACCCGAAUGUCGGAAAGAGACAAGCCGUCAAAGUCAUUUGAUGGUCCAGGAAUGAGUGGAUGCUCUGUAAACGAGGAGAAUCCCACCACAACAAGAAGUGUUCAUCAGAGAGGCAGUACGAGGGAGAAACGCUUCAUUUGUGCAUAUUGUGGAAAGAGCUUCACCUGCCUGAAAAACCUGGAGACACAUAAGAGGGUCCACACGGGGGAGAGACCGUUCAGCUGCGCGCAGUGCGGCAAGCGCUUUUCUCAGUCUGCCCACCUCAAGAAGCAUCAGAGCGUCCACACUGGAGAGAAACCCUUCAGAUGCACUAAAUGCGGAAAGUGCUUCGCAGACUCGAGUAACUUGAAGAGGCACCAGAAUGUCCAUACUGGGGAGAGACCAUUUUGCUGUACGCAGUGCGACAAGCGCUUUUCCUUAAUUGCUAAUCUCAAGAGACACCAAAGCAUUCACAUCGCAAAGAAACCGUAUCGGAAUAUAAUGUGGGAAGGAUUAAUUUUUUAAAGGACACCUAAAAACGGACCUUUUUUUGUAUUCCUUAAUAUGCAAUGACCGAUACCCCAAAGAUAAUGGUUUGUAUUGUCACAGUGGAGUUUGUAUAUUUCUGUGUUUAAUGACUUUUUGGUGGUUAACAUAGGAAAGAAUUGGUGUUCAAGUAUGGUGAUUAUAGAAGGUGUCUUUGCAUGUUCUCUUCCACCCAGUGUCCAUUCAGCUACUGUCCGGAGCUGACGUGUAAGUGUUUGUGAAAAGCAGUUUUCUCUUGAAGGUAACCAGCUGUGAUCCUGCUACGUCAGGACCUGUAAAGUUGUUGUUUGUCCAGUACCGGUGAGUAGCCAGUAAGAUUGCAGGAAUAUACCCAUGUGACCGUGUUCCUUCUGCUUUCCCCCAACACGUUUCUUUCUGUCUGUAUAUAUUACUUCCUCAUUGUACAUGGUUUGCUGUUACUCCUAUAACGGUUUACUUGUAUUGCCAGGGUCAACAGUUUUUGUGCUGGUUACGUAGUUAUAUACAAAUCCUUUGAUUUGUAUAACCAGACAGCCCUCAAAGAUGAGCCAGUUCUUAAAACAUGUUAAAUCAUUUUUAUAAGUCUAACAUAUAUGCUGUGCUGAAUUGAAAUAAAUAAUGCUGGAAAA